UUGGAGCUGAGUAUUUUAUUAAUUUUUGAAAGGAAAAUUAAAGAGAAGAAGGAAAGAAAGAAAAUUAAGGAAAGAGAAAUUAAAGGGAAAAAAAUAUAAAUUAAAAAUAAUACAACAAAAAAGAAGAGAAUCUAAAAAAGCAAAAUAAAAACAAGAAGAAUUUAAAAGAAAUGGAAAGCAGAUCAUAUAUGUUCUCCUUGGCUAAGAAGAGAUCAACUCUUCUUGAAAACAAGCUUAUCACUUUUGCUAGAGAAGAUGAUAACGCUCCCAGAACUAAAAUCUUGAAAAAGGAAUGCACUGAAUAAUUUGUUGCUUUCAAGGAAUGUAUGAAGAGAUUAAACGAUGAAACCAAAUGCGGUAACUUCAAGGAUGCUUUGAUGGAGUGCGGUGUUGGUGCUUUCAAAAAGGCUAACUCUGAACCUGGUUAUCAAUUCGAGUGAGAACUUUAUGACCAAAGCUCAUUAUAAAAUACAAAUUAACUAUAAAUGAAACAAGAAUAUUUUGAUUUGAUUAAGCUAUAUCAAAACAAAUCUAAUUCUUUUCAUUCUUUCUAUUUUCUUAGCAGUAUUAACAAAGAAAAAAUCUUUUAAGCGUACAAGCAAUUCUUAUCCAAAAUAGAAAAGAUAUAAUUCGUUCACUGAGGUUUAAGGAGCAGUAAAAAAUGCUUCUGCAAAGAUAAAAUCAAUUUAUUACUUGUAUAAUUAAUCCGUACUUUUCCAUUCUUCUUUGUACAAAUUAAGAGAAUAACAUUUGUUAAAUGCUAUCCUUUUCUAAUGCAUCUUCAAAUAUUCCAUUCAUAUAUUAAUUUAAA